AUGCGCAGUAGCUUGAGAGCCCUUGCUGCUGACCGGGGCCCGCAGUGCUCCGAGUCCCUGGACUGUACACUUCGCCCGCGGGCGGGAACGGCAGCCUGCUACGCCUCCUUCGCGUCCCGCUUCGACGCGUCAGGAGCGCGAGCAUCCAUGGGGAUCAAAAGUAACGGUAUGGUUGCGUUUGCUUUUGGCGGAGUAGAGCCUCCAACAGCACCGGCCAGUCCUGCCGACCGUGUUGGUCGAGGACCCGAGGAGGGCGCCAUGUUGGCGGAGCUGGAGUCUUCGUUCCUGAGUCCUCUUGAUCCCGAGACUGAGACGCGCGACGCGAGGCUUCAGCUCUUCGACAUCUCUUCGUCGACGCAUAACUUUGGUAACGAGUCGGCUUUGAUGGCCAUCGUACAGGAGAUGAGGCGAGGACUCUUCGCUGAGUUCUUCGCUGAGUUCGCCCGCGCCGGCGGCGAAACCUACACCCACAGGAACGUGGGCUUCGGCUUGUGGUGGGCGUUGCCGUACUUGUACAUCACCAGUGGGAUGUCGUCCAUGAUGUCGAAGUCGAGCCUUUGGGGAUACGUCAUUCGGCUGGUUGUGGUGUUUACGGCAGGAGUCUCUGCUAACUUGUUCGCAGAUUUGGUAAAGCAUCGGGAUUGGCGGCACGAUUUCGGGAACACGAUCUUCCAGAUGUUCUUCGUGAUCAUGCUCCUCAUCAUGGCACCGCUUGCGGAGCCCUUGCGGCAAGCUCUGAGGUCACGCCAAGAGGGCCAAAGCGUCUCCAGAGCCACGGUGGCCUUUACGGUCUUUUGGGGUGCCGUCUCGGCUGUGGCCCUCGCCUCUUUCGUAAGAGGCUACACUGGCGAUUCCCCAGACUUCGUCACUCAGACCUUCGAAGAUGAGGAAGUGUCUCGUUGGAUCAAGCUUUAUGCGCCCAUUCUGCGGCAUACUCCGAUAAUUCUGGUUCAUGUUGCGGGCACGCUGUUCUUGGGUCUGCUUGCGACCAUCCUCUGCCAACCUGAAAACACCGGCCUCGUCGGUUGGGUCCUGCUGGCAUUCACCUAUCUGCAAAUGGUCAUUGUGCCAUGGGAUCAGGAUUCCUUUGCUCACUUGGUGAACUUGAACAUCGCUGGCAUGUUGACUUUCCAGUGGCCACUGGCCGGAAGCAAACACAUAGCCGCUGCAGUGAAGGCCUACUGGCCAUUUUUGCUUAUGUUCCUCUGCCUAGAUUCAAUGCCGGAUAUGUGGGGGCGUUGUGAUGUGCAUUCGCCAUACUCCACUUGGGAGAGAUUCCGCAUGUUCCUCGGGGAGUUGAUCUUGGUUGUCUGCUUUAUGGCCGGUGCUUUCACACCCUCGGAUCCGCAUCGGAUCACCUCCUGGCUGGGACAGUGGUCGCUCUACGCCUACUGCUUCCAUGUAAUGUGGUAUCGACUGCUUGGUAGUCCAUACGGUGCCAUCGUCACCUUUGCUGGCAUGCCGCUCUUCUGGGCCAUGGCAGCCUGUGUUCCGCAGAAGGCGAACGCGAAGUGA